AUGGUGAAUCUGCAAAAUGAAAAUGUACAAUGCAUGGACGUUGUAACCCAGAGAGGGAAUGUUGUGGAAAGUAGUUCGAAUUCAAGCAAGGGAAAAUCUGUUGUUGUUAAAACUAAUGAAGAAAUGAACAAACAAAACUCCAAUGGGGUUGACGAUGCACUUAAAAAUGUUAACCCCAGUGAUGCUAUUAAGUCAAAUCUGGGGGUUAAACCUCCAUUGGAAAGCAUCUUAGAGUUUGGUGAAGCUUGUGUCAAGGCAUUUUUGUAUCUAAAAGGGAAGCUCGUUUCAGCUCCAAUCAUUGUUGUUCUAGAUUUGAGUAUUCUAUUUGAGUUAAUUUGUAAUGCAAGCGGUGUAACUUUGGGGGCAUUGCUUAGCCAACGCAAGGGAAACUUGUUUCACCCAGUCUACUAUGAAAGCAAGACUCUAGAUAUAGAUCAAAAGAACUACGCCAUCACUGAGCAAGAAUUACUAGCCGUGAUAGAAAAAGGGUGUGAGAACCAAGUGGUGGACCACUUGUCGAGUCUUGAAACUAAUCUUGUUGUUUCCGGUGAGAAAGUUAAUGAAUAUGCUUUUCCCGAUGAAUCAGUGAUAGGUGUGUUAAAUGGUACUCCACCUUUGUAUGCCGAUUUAUCAAAUUAUGUGGUGUGUGGGAUUCUUCCUGAUGGGAUGAAUUUUUACAAAAGAAAGAGGUUUGUCCCUCCACGUGCAAUCAUUAGUGAUGGAGGGUAUCAUUUUUGUAAUUGUAUGUUCGCGUUGUUGCUGAGCAAGUAUGAAGUCCAACAUCAGGUGGCUACUCCUUAUCAUCCACAAACAAGUGGACAAGUUGAGUUGUCAAACCGAGAAUUCAAAGGAAUUUUGGCCAAGAUAGUGUUCGAUAAGUCUUGUCAUCUACCUAAGGAACAUGAGAAUAAGGGAUUGUGGGCCUUGAAGGCCGUCAACUUCAAUUGGGAAUAUGCAUCAAAAGAUAGUGUUGAUCAACUCCAUGCAUUGGAAGAGUUUCGUCUUCGUGCUUAUGAGAGUUUAGCUCUCUAUAAGGAGAAAAUGAAGAAAUGGCAUGAUACCAAAAUCCUUCACUGA